CCGAAGCGAGUGAUAGUCGUGUUGCUACACCGCUGUUGGCUCACUCUCGUUCAAACAGCGCAACCGAUCGCACACGCGCGCGCGCGCAUUACCAGGCUCCCCAAUCAGGGAAGUUUUAGCAGUAACCGGUACCCGGGGGGUGCGAAUCUACCCUGCGAACACAGAAACCGAAAUCGAUCCCUCCGGAAUUGUUGUUUGAGCUGGGAGUCGUGAGAAGCCCACGCAGUACGAAUCAAAUCAUCAACCAGUGAGAGUGAGCGCUUGUGUGUGAGAUCGACCAGCGAAACGGUGGGGUGGAAAGGGCAGACGGAAAACGGUUCGGAUUCGGGACAUUUGGAAUCCCCCCAGCGAAGUGACCCCCUACCCUACUACUACUACUAUUACUACUACUACUACUACCACAACCACCGUUACUACUUAGCGGGAAAGUCACUUAGUGAGAGCGAAAGAGAGCAUCAAAGAAAGAGCAAGCGUGUGUGAAUGUGUGUGUCAGUGUAGCAGUGUGCGAGAAAGCAAGCGCAUACGCAAGCGAAAGAAGCAGUUUGUUAAUAUAUAACAAGUUGCAUCAUAGUCUUAAGACUUCAGUCUUAAGAAAGUGUACCGUCUACCAACAUCUUUCGCAAAACAACAACAACAACAAAAUUAGGGAAAACAAAACAAAAGACUACAUCUGUUCGCGCGCGCGUUUUUCUCGUGCUUUCUGGUUAGAAUUUUUCGCGCGUUUUUUUUGAGUGUUUUUUUUUAAUUUUGAAAAUUAGUGUGUACACAAAUGCUUCCUAGUGCAUCGAAUCGGUGUCAAUAGCUGAUCGAUUAGACUGUAUAAUGGAAAAUGCUACAACUGAUUGAAUCAUGGAUUAUUUCUACUUCUGGAUCUACAACAAAUGAGGACAAAGUGGUGACAAAAGCGUGUCAGCAAGUGCAUUAUCGUUGAAUGUUUUUCCUGAUUGCGAUUCCUAGCGUGUAGUGCGCGUUGAACAAACUUGACACAGUUGUUCUGGUGGUGAAACAAGGUGGAAUUAAUCUUACAAUUUUCUCGAAUGGACUGGAGCACGAGAACAUCUUGAUCGAUCUUGAUGUUUAAGAAGUGGUGCAAUACAAGGAAGAAAAAGUUCGCGCUGUGAUAGGUGUGCAAUUGGGUAGUUGGUGACAGUGCAAUAGAGUUUGUGCCUCGACACAUAGGAAGAAACAAAACAGGAUCCAUACAUCGUCUGAUCCCUAGCCCACGAGUGUCUAGUGAGUGUAAGUGAGCGAUACCAAGUUGAUCCCGGUAAAAAAGCAUCAACGGGCAUUGUGAGUGCUCCCGUCAGUGGUUCCGUGUUCCUCUAUAUGUGUGUCCCGCCUUGGCAAACGGUAAAGUGAAAUUUGUCGCCUAAAAUAUGGAAUCGCCUCAAAUGUACGAUACGAAUCAAAUCCAAGUGCGCAGUGAUAUCAAGAAGCUAACGAUGGCCGCGAACAAUGGCGUGAACGGUACGAACGGUACGGCCAACGGGGGUUCGCCGACGAACAACAACUCACCGACGGCUAUUAAUCAGAACACGCUCGCGCUAAAGCAGCAGCAGCAGCAGCAACAUCAGCAGACACAGCAACAGGUUCAGCAGCAGGUUCAGCAGCAGGUCCAGCAGCAGGUACAGCAGCAAACCCAGCAACAGGUACAGCUUGGACAGCAUCCGAGCAAUGGUGCGUCCGGGCUGCUAUCGAACGGGAAUCUGCUCUCCAAGCAGAUGCUGCAACAGAUCCAGUACUCGCAAUCCGAGCUAGACGAGCUAACGUCACAGGAGAUCUCGCUCGAUCUGCAGCACCUGAUCGAUGAUCAGUUUCGCGACCCGGAAGCGUUGGGCAUCUUCACCGAGAUGGUUACCGUGGGUAGCACGAACGGUACGAUGGCCAACCCGCUAGUACAGUCGGCCGCUGCCAAAGCACUCCAGCUGCAGCAGGCACGUCUGUCGCAGCACACGAACGGUGGCAACAGCUAUCAGCGUUCGUUGGCCUAUAUGCCACAGCCCGUACAUACGGGUGCGGCCUAUGGCAGUACCUCCAGCGAUGAGAAUAGCUCCGUCGGAUCGUCAGCUGACUCGGCCAACAUCAAGGAAGAACCGGUCGAUCCGAACGAGUACCGUCGGCAGCUGCUAGCGAAUGGCGCAUCCGGUGGUGCUCAGUUCAUGGGCACCAUCAACGGCUACCAAGGAUUGCCAGGGACGGGUGGUGGUGGUGGAACGGGCGGAGGUGGUGGUGGUGGUGGCGCGACACCCAACGGAGUGUCCGGUGCACUGGGCACCACCGGCGGUACGACACCAAACUACGUCACGAACGGCAAUGGCAACAGCUUCUCCAGCCUAACGCCCGCCACCGUACUCCAUCAUCAGGCACUGCCUCACCUGUCCGGUGCGGCCCACCUGGCGAACCUUACCAAACACAGCAAAAUGUUACCGCACGUCGGUCGCAAAACGCAGCAAAAAACCGUCGACAAGGGUACGGACGAGUACCGGAGGCGACGGGAGCGGAACAACAUCGCGGUACGGAAGUCGCGCGAAAAGGCGAAGGUACGAUCGCGCGAGGUCGAGGAAAAGGUGAAGACGCUGCUAAAGGAGAAGGACGUACUGAUACGCAAGAUCGAGGAGAAGAACAACGAGAUCGCACUGUACAAGCAGCUGUAUAUGCACCUGAUGAACCACAGCAAUCCGGAGAUCAACCAGAUCUGUCGCAGUGCGCUAAAUCUGUCCAACAUGGGCGACCACAUGUGAUCGGUAGUACCCGGUGGCGGGAUCAUCCACCAGCAAGUUACCGCGAUGCCUACGCUGUAAAUAUAUAUGUCGCACUGCUCCCCGAUGUCCGUCAUCUCACUGUCACACGGGGUUACAUCUCACUUUUCCCAACAGCCCCAUCUGAGAUGGCAGUGAGAUGGCCGCGGAUCUUCGAUUGGGAACUGAAUCGUUUAUCGCUUUAUUGAGGAGUUCUGACGUUCGGGAGUUUUUGGGUCGGCUGUUAACCGAUUUGCUGUAGUAGACACGUUUCAGUUCCCGAGAGCUCGGGUUUUCUUCUUCAUUCCGUUUGGCGUUUUGUACACGAACCAAAGACAACAAGAGACUCCGCAUUCUGCCACCCUCUACCCCUUUUCCCCAAAGCUGAGUAGAAUCGAAGCCAACUAGACAGCGCAGACAGCGCGAACGUGGAUGAUGGAAGAACAGCAAAUCGGUGACAGAGCGAAAGAAAACUGAUGGAAAAAUAUUUUGCGGGCAAAAAAAGCGAUUGGGCAGGGCAGGGGCUUUAUCGCCCAACAGAUAAUACCGUGGCAAGCGUGUGCGUGAAGCAAUCGAAGGAACUUAAAUACCUGUACAUAGCGUUUAAGGCAUUCGUGUUUAUUUUCUAUGUUAUUAAUAUUAUUAUUAUUAUUGCGUUUUGCGUGUAAAAAGGCGUGAGAUCACGAUCCCAAGUGAGGAAGGACAAGGGUGACCAAGGGGUGGGACGAUGUAGAAAAUAACAUUUAGCAAAAAAAAACACAAAACGUUCGACUCUUACUUUACUUAAGAAUUGCACAAAGAUUCAUAUCACCGUGGGGCAGCUGUUGAUAAGACUUGAUACUUUUUGUUGUUGUUUUAUUUCGUUACUUCGUCUGGUUGAUCUGGUCUAUUUGGUUUAGUUUUUCCCUGUUUCCCAGCGAAAGGUGAUCGUUGUAUACUAGCAAAAUGGAUGUAUGUGCACUAUCGGAAUGUGAAAAUAAUACACCCUUUUUUUAACAAAAAACCAUAUUCAACUCUCUUUAAUGUAUCAUCUUUCUUUUCUAUUUGGGUAUUGGAACUUUCCCUUACAGAUCAUACUAUAGUUAAUCCUUUUAAGACUGACGUUCCUAUUGCUCUUCUAAUUAUACUCAUCUAUCCGUUAACUAGCUGAGUUGCUUAACUCGUCAUUUUUGUUAUACUUCUUGUUUCUUUUCGGUUUUUGUCUCCUUUUAUUACUUCAUUUAUUUUCAACGUUGUUUUCUUUUACCUCCAUCUUGUAACAAUCUUAAUCGUUUUCAAUCAUACUUUCUUCUCUUCCGUUUCGUCGCAAUGCACUUUUCUAUUUAAUUUCUUCUAAAACUUCUUUAACCUUUUUUCUAAUUACUGUUCUCUGUACUUUCAUUAUGAAGCCUUUGUUCCUUUCCAUUUUCUUUCACAUUUUCAUUUCGUCACUUAUUACUUUCACUAUUCUAUUAAAACUGUUUUCAAAUUAUUUUAUUAACUAUGCUUGUGUUUCUUCCAUUUGUUCUUUUCUGUUUUAACUGUUUUCUUUCUUCUAAUCUUCUCUUACUUGUUUUAAUUACCACAAUCAGUUCUUUCAUCACUUCUACUUUCUCCUACUAAAAUAAAAGACAUCGUUUGCAUUCUUUUGCAAGCAGACACCCUCCUCCUCCCCCCCUCCACACACCAAUCAGGGCAGUAAAAGCUUAGUACCAGUUAUGUAAAUAUAAAUCGUGCACCCCAAAAAAAACCCCCGUAACCUGCUUAUCGAAUUAUCGUUACCAAUGUGCGUAUGAAAACCUAAGAAUUGUGCAAACUUUGCAUACAGAAACGAAAUCAGUAGGUCUCUGACAUCAUUCUGCUGUGGUGCAAGUCGAUUAGAAUAUUGGGUGAACAAUCAUCCUGGAUGUAUAAACUGGCCACGGUGCACGGUUACGAUUUGCUCUAGAACAUAAUGAAGUAAGAAUCGAAACCAUCGUUCGCAAGGGAGUAAAUAUUUAAAACCCGUUUAAAACCGAUUGCGCUGAAUGAAAGUGAAAGAGGAAGCGAUCGUUAACGGUCAAACGGAGCAGCGGGACUGGAUGAAAGGCAAGAAAAAACAAGGGCGCAUCGAAAUGAAACCGAAGAUAAAUUAUGAAAAUGAAGGUGUUGUGUGUCAGCCAGAGGUUGAACCGUGUAGAAUGUUUAUUAGUAAAGUUAAUGCGUCCUACGAAUCGAAACGUUAAGUUACCAUUUUAGCAUAGUAUGCGACCUUUCGUUGGAAGCUUCUGCACCCAAAUAUGUUUAAAAAAAAUACACAAUCACAUGUUCGUUUUGAAGAUACGUCGCUCUCCUGAUCGUUAUGAUGUUUAUAAUUUAAUAUGUUUCAUUUUUCUUAACGGUACUGUUUUUCUUUUUGUUGAAAAUCAUUUGACAGUUGUAUAAUUCCAUCACAGUGAAAUUGUGCGGUAAAUGGUAGCGAAUGAAUAAAGUAAAGAGAAGUAGGAAAUGUUUUUUUUUUCUU